CACACACACACACACACUCAUAGCUACUUACGCACUCGGUCCUAUCUCAAUCUGGACUUGGAGUGAGGAAACAGAAUGUCAGGAGAGGAAGCGCAAACGCCAGUGGGGAGAGCAGCGUUUUCUUGAAGUUGAACUUGUUCCAGUGGUCUAAGGUAGAAAUUGAGACCUAAAGAAUCAGGGCAAUAUCUGAGGAUUUCUCACUUAAACAGGCCACAGCGCAGAGGAAAAAGUGGAGAAAAGUGUACGUUGAGAUAAGUAGCAGCAGCUCAGUGUAAAAACUUGAGUACCGCACCUCAAGAUCUGGAUUUUUCACCCAGAGAAGACAUACAUCAAGAGGAAAUUCUUGAAAUUCUCUUUGUCUCCAACCACUCAGUGUUCCUCAGGUCUUUCAAGGCUCUCAUCACUUCUUGUUGAGCUCCACGCAGGAGGGGACGGAAGACAGAUCACCAGGUUAAACUCACAGACAGUUAAGGAAGAUGAGUCUGUCACGGAAUGGGACAUUGGAGAAGACGGUGUCUGAGCAGCCCCACUCUGCGGCAGGGUCCCCUGGAGCGGGUUCAGGGGUCGUGGUGCCACCCCCAUACUCGCUGGGCGGCAGCGAAGCCACAGACACUCCUCUGGAGUUGAGGGGCUCUCUGGACUGCUGGGCAUGUUCUGUCCUGGUCACCGCACAGAACCUGAUCAUCGCACUGAUCAAUGGCCUGGUGGCCAGCAUCGUGUUUGGCACCAUCCUCACCCCGGCUCUGGUCAUGAUCAUAUUUGGCUUCCUGUGCCACUCCACGGUACAGCCCCAUGGGACGUCUCUGUACUGCUCAGACCUGCUGGAUGACGGCGGCUGUGUGGCUCUGUUGGUUGUGGGCUUCCUGCUGCUUACCCCUCUGCUGGUCCUGGCCCUGGCUGCUUACUGCCGCCUGGCCCGACACCUCCAGCUGGGCAUGUGUUUCAUCCCCUACAGCCGUGCCGUCUACAAGAACCUGCCCCCCUCACACCGGGGCGCAGGGGGCUGCUGCGGCCAGCAGGGGGCGUCAGAGAGAGGGGGGAAGGGCAGUGUAUGGGUGUAGGACGAGGAGAGGGGAGAAGUAUUUUGGAGCGGGAUACUUGGAAAUAUUAAGGUGGUCAUGCAUGAGUUGAAUUAACAGAAAAUAUGUAUCUGUGAUGUUUAUGUUUGUGAAGUUUGAUAUUGAUCUGAGUCUAAAGGAGGGCUCUUGGAACAAACUUAUCGCUAAAUGUAAAUGCUGCAUGAAGUAGUGAUAACAGGCAUCACUUUAUUUCAUCAUAGUUAUUGAUUGUUUUGCUAUUGCUUUUUUAUAUUCAAACCUUAUGUAUUUUUACUACUUUUUAGAAUAAAGUGCGACUUGUACUGCAAGCUGAGCUUUGAGUUUUGCAUUUAAAAAACUCAAAAUGGAACUAUGUUGCUACUAUAUA